AUGAUAAAUUUAUUCAUGUCGGAACCCAAUCAAAACGAUGACGCAGAAGACGAAUCACUGAAGCUAAGAAUCCAACUAUUGAACGAAUUAGAAACCGUUAUUUGGUCAGCAAUAACCUCCGCAGGCCGCGCAGAAGCUCGAAUGUGGCUCUGCAAAACCCUAGCCGGAUUCAACUACGUCACACCUCGCGAACAACGCGCACUUUUCAUCAAUUUUCUAAAAGUUCCAAACAAGAACCACGAUCUCGCGUCUCAGCUUCUCAAUUUAAUGAUCGAUAAGUUGCCGCGGAAGCUUGGUUCUGUUAUAGCCCGAAAUUCUCGCUUCCUCGAGAGUUUCUUCAUAGGCAACGCUAAGCGGGUUUUGCAGUGGUUUUCGUUCUCUGGAUUAGAACAGGGGAAGGGAUUGCGAGCUUUGUCGAAGUUUGCUUUCAAAAAUAGAGAUAUUUGUUGGGAGGAGUUGGAGUGGAAAGGAAGGCAUGGACAAUCACCUGCGAUGGUUGCGACGAAGCCUCAUUACUUUCUCGAUUUGGACGUUCAGAGAACGGUCGAGAAUUUUCUAGACAACGUGCCUGAAUUUUGGUCGUCUAUUGAAUUUUCCCAGUCGGUGAAAGAUGGUGAUAUUUUUCUUAUUGAUAGGUUGUUUUUUGUUCCUUAUUUUAAGGAUUUGAUGUAUAUGGAUGAUUCAUCUGAUGUGUGGGAAGUUAUAGAAGAUUUCUUGGAAGAGCAGCCUUUUUCUUGUUUGUGUGAGCAUCUUCUCAUUAGUUUUGAAGAGAAGGAUUUGUGUUACUUUGUGGAGUUGCUUUGUGAAUGUCUUGACCCGAGAGUUGAGUUUCGAUGUUUGGAUGAUGUCUCUCGGUUGUUUGUGGUUGUUCUCUUGAAGUGUGGGGUUUAUGGAUCUAUUGACUUGAUGCUGCUAUUAAACACUGUCAUUGCUCAGGGGAGGCAGCUUCUAAGACUUUUGCGGGAUGAAGAGGCCAAAGAGUCAUUGGCGAAAGUCAAUGAAAUUGUGUCGAAGAUAUCUGCAGUUCCCAGUGAUGGUAAUAGCUUGGCACUGAUUUUCAAGAAUAGGUGUAAGAUGGCUACUGUGGAAGUGGUGAAGUGUCUUGGACUUCAGUCUUGGGUUCUUUACUUUAGGUUGUCGCAAGAGUGCCGGACUCCUGAGUCCUGGGAGUCUGUUUUUGUGUAUAAUCAAAUUGGUUUCCGCAACUCUGAUAAACAUGUACUGAUAGAUGAGGAUGGACUGUUGACAGUAGAAGAUUGUUCUAGCUUCGAUGACACUUCUUCGGGUAAAGUUAAGAAAAAGAAGAAACAAAAAGCUAGAAAGAAGAGGAGAAGGACAUAUGAUUGUGAUGAUGGUAAUGAUGAUCAGCUGCUAGAUUUUGAUUAUGGCAUCCAAAAUUUGGAUUAUCUAUCAAAUACUAAAAGUUGGUUGCUUUCAACUGAUAAGUACUCUUCGGCAUGGAGUAUUGCGGACUUACCUGAGCACCUUCAUAGACUGUGUUUGUCUAGGUGGAUGGUAUGGCUCUUUGAAAAAUGA